UUAUUUCACUUUCAGUGCUAUGGAAAUCAUUUACUUGAGUAAUUCGAAACAUUAAGACAGGUCGAUACUCUUUUGUCUGCUCUUUUAGGAAGAUUUGACGCCUAGUCUAGAAAAUAAGGAUUACAACAUAACUACAGUGCAAACAGUAAUUGAUGACAUUAGAAAUACACGAUGAAAUGUGUAUUGAUGAACUUUUGUCUAAUCUUUUGGAUUUUUCUCAGAGAUAUAUUAAAACCAUGAAAUACUGUUUUCUAUUGUGUAUUUGGAAAAUAAUAAUGAUUUUCGAAUUCUUCAUGAAAAAAAAUUAGUGAAAGAGGUUGUUUAAUUGUCAACCUAUAGUUCAUUUUUUAUCUCGCACUGUUUUGUUAUAUAUUUAGAAAGCAAAAAUUGUGUGGGAUAAUAUUGCUUUACAAAGUAUAAUAGUCCCUAUCUUAAAGCUUCGGUACAAAAGACAGAUUUAGCUUGUCAUUUCAUUAUUACUACUGUCACGGACAUUCUACACAUAGACAAUACGUUCCCAUUUGAGUUUGACAUUAUAAUGCAGUUUCCCGCGUAAAGUAAGUUGUUACGUGGCUAUCUCCAGAUUGAAGUCCAGCACAGCUAUCAUUGCCAACCGUGCAAUUUAAAAUUAUAAAUACGUCAUAAUCUCAAGAAGUACAUUCAGUAUAAAAAUUAUUUAAUUACAUAGAUUGAUCAAAUAUUUUCGUAGACAGUAUUAACGAAAGAAACACUAUUAGCUAUUUUAAAGAAUCAAUGUACGAUCUGAAGUACCAGGAUAUCAUCUUAAAUGUUAUAUAACUAGUGGAUGAAGUAUGAAAAAAUGCUUGAAAAUAUAAUCGAAUAGUUUUAAAAAAUCUGUUGCCUGUUUUUCCAUGGACCGUUUCCAUGACUGCCAACCAUACGUUAUACGAGCCACUGUUCGGAGUAGGUCGCGGUUUGAUAGUCAUUUGAAAACAUGGCUACCAUGUGAAAAUAGACGAGCCGUGAUGCACUUUGUAAACAAGCUUCAAUAUCGUUUUUACUGUAGUUUACCAUUGAUGCGUUCGUUACGAUUUACGGUGCAGUAAAUGUGCGUGGCCGAAUUAAGCGCGCGGUUGAUGAAAAACACGGUUUCUAAUAGCGACGACCAGCAGUUGCUAACCAAACUUGCGAUUUUUACUGGAGUGCCGUUUUAACAGCAAUUAACUUGUCAUCCGAUUAACUGUACUCUCGAGUGUAUGGCGAUGCGUUAAUAAAAUUUGCGGACGAUGGGAACACAUGUGAUGCCAAGAAAAGAGGCGCGGAAACGUUAACCUAACUUUCGAAUGUACGUCGUAUCGCCAGGUUACGGACACUUGAUUCAUCUCUCCUACGUAGCCACAUCCUCUUCGUCGUGUCAGUUGAAUUGGUAUUUGUAGAGACUGCCCCAAGAAUUUUUGGAGCACAUUGCGAAAGAUAAUAGUAAAGUGAAAACGUGAAUAUUAACCUAAGUUUCUUGACUGAAUAAAACUGCAAGAAUACAAAAUUAAAUGUAAUUGCCACUAUUUAUGUGAAGCGCUCCUUUGUACUGGUUCGAUAAGUUUAUCUGGUGAACCGUACAGCUGUUAUAACAAUCCCAGUGCAAGUUCAAAUGGACUAUUCCUUCAUAAGUGAACUGCAAUAUCGCAUUAAUGAUCAUUGUUUAUAGUUGCUAAAUGGGAAUAAAAUAUAGUCUUCGAACUGAAACAGAACAGACAGUUGUGAACAUUGAAGACUGAAAUAAUUGUCACAACUUCUUAUGUGUGGCUGUAUUAUUAAUGUAAUUCUGUUCAUUACUAUAAGACUAUAAAAUCCUAAGAGAUUGCUUGGCUAUAACAUUACAUAUAUAAUAUUUGUACUUCUAUAAGAUAUCAAUGGAUACCAGCGAUUUUGAUUUAAUUACACGACAUCCAAGAUCCAUAAUACACUUGGAUGUGGACUGUUUCUAUGCACAAGUGGAAAUGUUACGUCACCCAGAGCUAGAGGGUAAACCUUUAGGCGUGCAGCAAAAAAAUCUAGUGGUGACCAGUAAUUACAUUGCAAGAGAAUUUGGAAUCAAGAAAUGUAUGUCAGUCCAAGAAGCUUUGCGCUUGUGUCCAGGGCUGGCCCUGGUACGUGGCGAGGAUUUAACGGAGUACCGUAGAGUGUCCACCAAAAUCUCUGAAAUAUUGCAUCAGUUUACAUCAUUGGUUGAGAGAUUGGGAAUGGAUGAGAGUUUUGUUGAUGUAUCAUGUUUAGUUGACAAGUCCGCCAGUAGCUCUAGAAGAGACUCCGAUUGCGGUAUGAUGAAUGAUUCGUUAAGCAGUGAGUCCAAUAGCCCAAUUGGAAAGAUUUUUGGCCCUGCUGAAGAGGAAUGUCCAUGUGGCUGUCAUGAACGACUAUCAAGCGCUAGUAAAAUUGCAGCUGAGAUGAGAAACCGAAUAUAUAAGGAAUUACGAUUGACGUGCAGCGCAGGAAUAGCGCACAAUAAAUUACUGGCGAAACUUUCCGGAUCUUUGCACAAGCCCAACCAACAAACUGUAGUUUUCCCUUGUGCAGCAUCCUUACUAUUAUCCUCAAUCGGCUCAGUAUCAAAGAUACCAGGUGUUGGACAGAAGACAGCAGAGUUGUUAAUGUCCAACAACAUUGCAACUGUUGAUGAUCUUCAAAGAAUACCAUUGGAAAACCUUGAAUUGAAAAUUGGUACUGAUUUAGCAAGGAAAUUAAAAGACAAUGCAGAAGGUAUUGAUGAAACUAUAGUUAAGCCAUCUGGAAAGCCACAAUCCAUUGGUCUCGAAGAUGGAUUCAAGUCUGUAUCUCUGGUAGCGGAAGUAGAGUCACGACUUGGAGCACUCUUAAGAAGACUCACAGAAUUGGCUACAGAAGAUGGAAGGAUUCCUGUUGCUAUGAAACUGACUGUACGCAAACAUGAUUUUAAUAAAGCGAAUAGUGGAAAAAGAGAGACCAGGCAGUCUGCUCUACCACAAUCCCUACUUCCAGCAACAAAAGGAGGUGCUUAUGACCAUGCAAAGAUGUUAACCCUAGCUAUGAAAUUGUUUCACCGAGUAGUUGAUGUGUCAAAACCAUUUCACUUAUCUUUAUUGGGCGUCGCUUUUACUAAGUUUGAGGAAAGGAGUUCUGGAAAGAGCAGCAUCACGUCCUUCCUUAGGAAACAAGUAGCUGUACAGUCUGUUCUGGACAUCAGCUCAGAAGAAGGCAUAUCUGAUGUGAGUUUGGGGUCACCAAUGAGUGUAAAUCAGGAUAGUAAUGACGCCGUUGAGCAUCCUCAAUCCACGGCGAAUUCGGCCAACACUUCGUUGUCAAGCUCAAAUUUGGCUUCCGUUGCAAAGACUAGCCAGUUCACCGAUGACGAUGACAUACCUAAUGAAGUGGAACCUUCUCCGAAGAAAACAAAACUCGAAGUCUGGCUAAGUGGACGCAGAGAAUCUCCAAGCAACGAAAUGGCUGGUUUACGUCUUGGACCCUCGUCUCCGAUGUCCCCCAUGUCUCCACCUCCAGGAACCGACGCCGCCGUUUUCAAAUCGCUACCCAUUGAUCUACAGAGAGAAGUUAGCCGUUCGUGGCCAGCGACCAAUAAACCAAAACCCAACAAUAUACUUAAAUAUUUUAUAGCCAACAAGUGACGCAGCUGUAUGGCAUAAUGUCCAAUAGGCCAUUUUUCUACGCACUUUCUUGGCUAUGACGUUAGAUGACAGCAUGAAGAACAACUAUAACGCAUUAGAAAAAUAUUAAUUUUCACUUGUUCUUUAUUUUGGAAAAGUGCUGAGGGUGUCCAACUUUUAUAUCCAUUAUUCUUGAUUCGCGUUAGAAAUCACUGAACUGAUUUAACAUUUUGUUAGAACUCUUCACUCUUAUGAAAAUUUUUGUAUUUUUCUCCUGUCACUUGGCCCUCUAUGAGGGCAUAAAGCCAGAAGGAACAAGUAGAAGAAGAAGUCUAUUUUUCUCGAAAUAAAUAGGUUUCACGUAACACUAUCGACAUCAAAGAUGGAAUUCGAAUUUGAAAUUAAUUUAAGACAAUAUUCGUUCUCACUCUUCUAUAUGCAAUGCUGACAUCUAAACGUCUGGUUCUUAAAGGAGAAAGUACAUAUUCUUUUGUGGUCCAAUAUUUUUAGCAAAAUUUAUAUUGUUUAAUACUGUUGAAAUUGCCUUGUAAUAUAUGUAAAAUGCGUAAUCUGUGUGCACGAAAAUACUCGAUUGUCGUACUAUCUCCACAGUGGCUUAAAGUCUUCAAUUCGACAAUUCAAGAAAUUUGCUUACAUGAAUCAUGAUUUUUAAAUCCAUAAUAAUAGAAAGGUUUCCAAAAGGCCAGACAUUUUGUUCUUCUGCAAACUCAUCAAAAUUCUUAAACUUCUUUCGAUCAAAAAUUGACAUGCAAUUGGACCACGGAAAACAGUGAUAUUAGCCAUAUUGCUUUCACUAGCACAAUUCUUUGUCCUGCUCAUAUUUUAAGAAUCGAAAUCAGUUCAUUAUAAUUCAUCGCAUUGAAAAUUGUCUGGGCUAAACAUUUCAUUUAAACAGAAAUUAUUCUUUUGAAUAGCUUAGUGUAACCAUCGUUGCGGUACUUAUUUACUAUACAAAGUUAAACACAAGUUCAUAAUUAGUAAAUGAGUUAUAAAAAAGAAACAUGAUUGAUUCUACGAGUUAAUACCCAGUUAGUUUCUUUAUUUUUUGCCCAUUGAUGAUUUCCAAUGUAUCUCUUGAUGAUUCUGUCAAUAUGGUAUUCCGCAGAGGAAACGAAAUUUUGUAUAUAACUAUUAAUUGCGGGAGAUUUUGAAGAUGGAAGAUGUUUUCUAUAUACAGGAGUGAAUUAAAGAGUAGUGUGCUUUCAUUAAUAUAAGCUCUCUAAAUGUAAAACCAAUUAUAGUGAUAAUUAAUUAUCAUGAUUAAUUGUCAGUUCCUGAUGAAUGAUAUGCAGAUAGGAAAGACAUUAGAAACCCAAUGUAUCAAAAUCUCCUGUAUCUUAUAUCGUAAUUUUUAUUGUCUUUAAAGGCACUUAGCCAAAUAUGUCUAUAUAAUUAAUUCACUGUUGAUUCAAUUAUAGUAUAAGGAACAUACUUGAUGUCGAUUAAACAACGAAAGUGACUCGUUUCGCGAGGCGUAUUUGAGACAUCCUGUAUAAAUGGCUGUAUUAGAACAUAACUAUAAAUGACGAAAUAUUUUUAACGAAGGAGACAAACGAGAGAGAGGGGAGGAUAGGGAGAAAGAAAAGUAAAAAAAAAAAGAUUAAAAUUAUUGGAUCACUGGGAAACUACGUACAAAGACAAAUCUCUUAUAUUCUUGUAUGCGAGAUAAAUUGAAUGCAUUUUAUUGUAAAUUGUAUUAGAAUCUAAAAUCCGUUACACAUACUUUGUCACGAAUUAUCGUAAUGUUUCCCUCAUGUUUUAUAUCAUUGCAGAUUUUCAUAAAUGACAAAAAUGUUGUCCCGCUUUUCCGUACAUUCCAAAUUUUACCGUGUAUAGGACAUUUCUUAGGUGCUUAUUCAAAGCGAAAAUUAUUUUUUUCAUUUUCAGUUUUCAUUCAUGACUAUUGAAAAUUGUCAAAAAUUCUCGCAGCAUAACAUUUUGUGUUAUUGUAAAAAUUGUAAUUUUCUAGGACUCCUCUUUAUAAUCGACAAUAUCAUUUUACAGUGCAUAGAAGUUAAUAUACGCUGUACGAUCGUCUUACAUUACUCUUAAUGUUCUACUACUAAUUCACACAUUUCUUUCGACCCCUUAUUAUGUGUCCUUCUAUUAUCAUAUUGCGUCAUUUUCGUGAGAGCAUUUCGUUAAGUAUGAUUUUUCAUUCCUCGUAUCUGCAAGCUCGGUCUUCUAAGAUGCGAAGGAGAAUUCUUCCAAAAUGUUACGACACGAAGGGCAGAGUACGUUCUAAUGCGAAGAUAAUUAGAACUUAAAUCAAGAAUUUAUUUUUUACACGAUCGCUACCGUUACUAUAUAAUAUUAUAAGUUAAUGUAUAUAAAUACACAAACACAUACACGUACACUUGGUAAAGGUUGUCCAAUGCAAUGUAAAGCAUACUUUAAAAAAUUAAAAAAAAGUGUUGUCAGUUUUAUAAAUGCUCUACAAAGCUUUUAUUUUUCCCGCACUUAAGGAAAGAGUGCAGUAGACUCUCGUUAACUGAACGUUUUUGGGGAUGUAGGGAAAGUCUAUCACAACAAAAACAAUCGGUAAACGAGAGCAUCUCCUCUUCAACAGUUUUUAUCAGAAUUCAUUGUCCUUAAUUGUUUCCCAACAUACAAUUCUUUCGCGCUUUUACAACAAUACCCACGGUAGCUGGUAGUGAGGAUUAUUCCAAUACAUAUCCCAUGAUACAAGAGAGACGCCACCUGUCAAAAGAGGAAGCGUUCACUUAUGAAGCAUUCACUUAACGGGAGUGUACUGUACCACGAUCUGCCGUCUUACAGCGUACAGCAAUAGUUGUGGUUUUGUCAGUACAUUUUUCUAAUUUUAAUUUUUUGCAGAUAAUAAAUAAAGGUUCCACGGAA